AUGCACAAAUUUCUGUCGAACGGUCUGCUCGAAGUCAAUCCAGAAGGCCCGCAUCCUAUCUACCAGCUCAUCGAAUUUUCGGAGAAGAAGUGGGAAGCGAAACUGCAACGGGCGAGCAAAACUCUCAGUGAGGCAGUCGUCGAAUAUGAGCGCCGAUACAAACGAGCUCCUCCUCGCGGGUUUGAUAAAUGGUGGGAAUACGUCGAGAAGAACAAUGUUCAGCUUCCCGACGAGUACGAUCAGAUAUACCGAGAUCUCGAGCCUUACUGGGGCGUCAGCCCAGUAGACCUGAACAAGAUCGUCAGCGAAUGGGAGGGCCACGAAGACUCGUUUACUCUUGGUAAAGAGGAAGGACAUCGUGUUGGACUCGCCAACUACACCAUUCGCGAUCCCAGCACCCACGAUCGCGUCUUUGAUGGUACCCGUAUGCUUAGCGAGAUACUCGAAGACGUCGAUGAAUUCUUACCGCCCUUCCGCGCCGUCUUCCAGCCGCAUGACAACCCGGAGCACGUCACCGACUGGGAACUUCGGGAGAAGGCCCUCGAACACGCUCGCGCGGGAACUUAUAUCGACGUUGACAAGCCAGUUGUUCCUAUCAAAUAUCAUGGAUGGAUCUCAGGCUGCGAUCCAACUUCACCUGCGUGGAAGGAUCCUAUCGACUUCACUUUCAAUGUAUCCUGGCCAUCACCACCACCCGACACUUCCAAAACUUUCAUCUUCGACCAUCGAAAGUCAAUGGAUCCCUGCUUACACCCUCACCUCCUUCGCAAACACGGACAGUUCCUUCCCUGGGGAAAAGGUCCAGUUCCCUCCCACCACAUGUUCCCUUCCUUCGCCUACUCCCAAACCUUACUACAUCACGACAUCACCAUCGCACAUACGAGGACAUCAGUAUGGGAGAACAAAGCCGAUGAUCGACUACAGUGGCGAGGCCGCACGACGGGGAUCUUCCACUCUCGGGACAUGGAAUGGCCACUUUCGCAACGUAUACGGAUGAUGGACUGGGUUGAGAAGGGCAUGGAUGAUAACGUGACGAUUUUAAUGCCGCCAAGUUCGAGGGAAGAAAAGACGGGGAGGGGCGAGCAGGUCCGGAAGGCGAGAUAUGGGCCAGCGAUGCUCGACAUGGCGUUCUCGAACGACCCCACACAGUGUGAUCCUGAUGUCUGCAAAGUUCUGGCCAAUAUGUACGAGUUUACUAAAGGACAGUCGCAGACGGAGCAGGCGAGGUACAAGUAUAUCAUUGAUGUCGACGGUAACGCAUGGUCCGGACGUUUCAAACGGCUCAUGUCCUCUCACGCACUCAUCUUCAAGUCGACUAUCUAUCCCGAAUGGUUUACCGAUAGGCUCAUGCCCUGGGUGCAUUACAUCCCCAUACAAGUCGACUAUUCUGAUCUCUGGGACACCCUUGUGUUCUUCCAUGGCGACCUGAAAGGGGAAAAUAACCAUGAAGAUCUCGCCAGAAAGAUUGCUUCCGCAGGCCGGGACUGGAGUCGCACUUUCUGGAGAAAACAAGAUAUGACGGCGUAUAAUUAUAGAGUUUUCCUGGAAUAUGCCCGGAUCAUGAGCAUGGAUCGUGCUUCGAUGAACUAUAACCACUGGGAAAAGUCAGACUAG